AUGGGAAUUUUCUGUCCGGAGAUUCGCGAGCUGCAGGCUGCGUACAAGCCAGCCACAGAUCGUGUCCUCAAUUGGAUCAAGAACGUUUCAGACGUGCCGAGAUCCAAAUGGGGAACUACGUCUGUGAAUUACCAUCUCACACUGGCUGAGAGGCUCGUCCGAUGUGGUACUCCAAUGCCUGAGGACGUCCUCUUCGAGCUCAAUACGGCUAUUGAUCGCCGACAACAAGCUGCAGAUAUCUUGGCCAAGCAUGGGAGCGCUGAUCAACGUCACGAGCACAUGAUACAGACGCUCAUGCGGAUUCUAGACUUGUUCUGCCCUUCGUCUCCCCCGAUAAGUCCAGAGAUGGAGGGACAGGAGCAGCUGUACGCAGUACCGAGCUUUUCUCUUCCUCAGGAGUGGUGGCGGUGUCCCUCACCAGCGGAAGACUCGAACCGAUUCGUCCAACAACAAUUCUUUCUGCCGCCGCCACCACCUCCUGGGUUUUACCCUGGCGUACACCUAGCCUAUGGCAAUCCAGCGCCUGGGCACUUUCAUUAUGUUGCUGGUAAUCCCUGA